AUGGUAAUCGGGGUCCGCAAGCUUCAUUCUUUCACCUUGGAGAACUGCGGGCUACUGGAGUUCCGUUACAGCAUUAGCAAAAUGAUCGGCGAGGUGAUGAUCCAACCUGCUAAAAAGGGGCUGGCUCACGGCAUGAAGAGAUCUCGCUCUCGGGAGGGUUCUGGAUCCAGUAGAUCUGUUGCAUUAAGUAAAACCAAGCGCUCAGAUUCCCAGCUGAGAGAGACAAAUGUUUCUGGACAGGCGCGCUUUGCUCUGGGCAUGUUCACCAUUUCGCCCGGCUUUGGAAACAUUCCUCCAGGGGGUCAGCAG